AUGACGGUGCCGCAGCACCUCGAUGCCGUCGCGCCGCAUGCGCGCCAGGCGCACGCCGCGUCGCCGCCGCGGCGUGGCCGGCGCUUCCGCGCCUCGGUGGCCGUCGUCGGCGCCGGCCAGGCGGGCCUGGUGGUGGCGCGGGAGCUGUUGAAGGAGGGCCACUCUGUGACUGUGAUCGAGGCCGGCCCAGGCAUCGGGGGCACGUGGGUGGUGUCGCCGCAGCUGGAGGGAGACCCUCUGGGGCUGGACAGGUCCAAGGGGCGCGUGCACAGCAGCAUGUACCCUGGCCUGCGCACCAACCUGCCGCGCCAGCUCAUGUCAUACCUCGACUUCCCCUUUGUCCCGGAGGCCAUGGGCGGCGCGUCGCACGACCCCCGCAUCUACCCGCUGCACUCCGAGGUGUUGGCGUACGUCGAGGCGUAUGCUGACGCCCACGACCUGCGGCGCCUGGUGGAGCUCAACACUGAGGUGGCGCGCAUCGACCCGCUGCCGCUGGACACAGGGGACGACCAAUCCGACGGCGCCGGGGCCGGCGAGGGGCCGGGCGCAGGCGGCGCGGAGCGGCCGCCGUGGGGCCAGCGCUGGCGAGUGCUGACGCGCUCUGCGGGCGGCGGCGAGGGGGCGGAGGGGGAGGUGGUGCGGGAGUUUGAUUCGGUGGCGGUGUGCGUGGGCCACCACUCGGACCCGAUCCUGCCUGAGAUCCCCGGCCUGAGGGAGUGGCCCGGGCCGCAGCUGCACGUGCACAGCUUCAGAGGGGGGCAGCGCUUCAAGGGGCAGCGGGUGAUGGUGGUGGGCGCGUCCUUCUCAGGCGAGGAGAUUGCCCGCCACGUGGCGGACCACGCGGACCACGUCUUCCACUCCGCCCGCUCCUGGCCCUCCAACGGCCCCCCCGCCGGCCGCAGCGCCCGCGGCGCCGGCGGCGCGCCCGACGCUCCGUUUGAGGGGCGCGCCAACAUAACGCGCGUCCCAAUCGCCACCGAGCUGCGCGCGGACGGCUCGAUUGUGCUCGCGGACGGGCGGGUGCUGGAGGGCAUCGACGGCGUUGUGUGGUGCACCGGCUACAAGUACAGCUUCCCUUUCAUGGAGCACCUGGGCCUGGUGGACACCACCGCCCCCAGCCUCGCCCUCAUCGGCCUCUCGUGGCGUGCCAUACGCCCGCAGCAGUUCCAGCUGCAGGGCCAGCUGCUCGCGCGCGCGCUGUCAGGCGCCGCAGCGCCGCUGCCGCCGGCGGACGAGCUGCUGCGGGCGGCGGAGGCCGACCUGCUGGCCCUCGACGCGGCGGGCAUCCCGCGGCGCUACGCGCACUGCAUGGCCUCCUUCAUGCCGCAGGAGGAGUGGGCCUACAACACGGCGCUCGUGGCCGCCGCGCGGCCGCCGCCCGGGGCGGACGCGGCUGCCGACGGCGAGGCGGUUGGGGGGCCGGCCAAGGGCGGGGACGGGGUGCUUGCGCCGCCGGCGUGGCUGAUCGGCCUGGCCAAGGCGUCGAGCAGUGUGAUAUUGGAGCGGCCCGACAGCUUCCGCGACGACUUCAUCCCCGCGGUGGUGGCCGCGCUCGAGGCGGCGGACGAAGGGUGCGACGAGCUGAUCAGGAGCGGCGUCGUGCCCGCCUCAGCGCUGGUGCGUGCGCCGCUUGCAAAGGUGGUGGACGCCGGCGCCGUCGGUGCUGCGGCGCACUGA